AUGGGCGACAAAAACGAUACCUUCGUACCAAACUACGACAACUGCGACGAAAUCUCAGACAAAUGCCCCGUCGAAUACACAAUCUAUGGUGAAUACCUCUCCGAUGGUGCAGCGGCCUUCUUCGCCGUAGCAUUCGCCCUCCUCCUUAUAGCCCAGAUCUUCCAAGGCUUCAAGGCCAGAACAUGGUCGUACAUGAUAUGGCUCGGCAUAGGAACCAUUCUUGAAAUCCUCGGCCAUAUCGGACGUUUCGGUCUAGCAAAGGAUCCAUGGAGCCAGAACCUCUUCAUUGUCUCGUAUAUCACACUCCUUCUCGCGCCGACGCUUGUUGCUGCUGCUAUAUCCGUCACGUUCAAACACAUUGUUAUAUGGUACGGAGCCAAGUGGUCACUCAUCAAGCCAAGACUGUACCCUCUUGUAUUCGUUGGUACAGACUUCAUUUCGAUUUUUAUACAGGUUAUUGGCGGUGGACUGACGGCUCUGGAAACUGUUGGCAAGGGAAAUGAGACAACCAACAAGUUGGGAGAGAUUCUUGUUAUAGGAGGAGUUUCUUUCCAGGUUGCUAAUAUGCUGUGCUGUGGCGCGCUUAUGCUUAUCUAUGCUCGACGUCGAAGCCAGUCGCUGAAGCAUAGUGAUCCUUUGAUGGAGGGUGCUGUUCCUCCCAUGUACGCUGGUGCUCCGGCACGUGGUAGGGUCCCUGUUGCACGAGAGGAGGCCACUGUUCAAGAAGCCAAGAAAGCAAGAUGCAUCGCAGAGACAAUCCCCGCUAUCACGAAAGACGUCCUUCGAAAUGAACCGCUCUUUCUCGUCUUUGAUGCAGCAGCAAUGCUCAUCUCUAUUGGAGCCGUUACUAUACUGCAUCCUUGCUACUUCUUCCCUUAUUUGGGCCUUAAGAAGAGUAAGAAGAGCCAGGGUAAGGUUUACGAGACUUUCCGCAUGGAAAAUAAUGCUGCUUUGAUGGGACAACAGCCACAGCAGCAAGGCUAUGCUUGA